AUGAACCACCCAGGCCAGGGCGCGCGUCCGCCCAGCUACUCUGCGGGAAGCUAUCCGCAACCGUCUCAGGGCCAGCCCAUGGGCCGCACGAGUCCCAUGACCGGCCAGAACCGCACCCCGCCGUCGCAGAUGACGGGAGGCCCUCCCCCGAUCAACACAGGAGCUCCCACCGGAUAUCCGCCAAACAUGAAUCCCAUGGGCCAGAUGCCUCCGGGAAUGCCUCAGGGCGGCCCUCCCGGCUUUGGCCAGCCCACGGGAUACCCUCCUGGACCACCGCCUGCGGGGGGACCUAUUGCGCAACAGUUCCAGCAGGGCAACCCCGCGGCAGAGGUUGAGGGGGCCAGCCGAAGCAAGGCCCAGCUCAUUGUGGGCAUUGAUUUUGGAACAACAUUCUCCGGCGUCGCUUUCGCUUUCGCUACCAACAACGAGGCCAAGGAGGACAUCAUCACAGAAUGGCCCGGUGCGGGUUCAUACACCAAGCAAAAGAUCCCCACUGUCCUCUACUACGAUCAAUAUCAAAAGGUGGUCGGCUGGGGCCCCGACAUCGCCGAUGCUCUGGCACCGACUGGCUACCCCAAGCCAGGAGUCCAAAAGGUUGAGUGGUUCAAGCUGCAGCUGAUGCUUAGCGGCAACACGUACAUUGACCCCAUCAACCUGCCUCCUCUGCCCCCGGGAAAGUCCGAGAUCGAUGUCGCUGCCGACUACCUCUUCAAGCUCCGCCAGGCCAUGCGGUCAUCGCUGCAGAAGACUCUUGGUGAGGUGUUCAACAGAGAAGAGCGAAACAUCCGAUACUACCUCACCGUACCGGCUAUCUGGAACGACGCAGGCAAGGCUGCCACCCGAGCCGCGGCCAUCCAGGCUGGUUUCCUGCGUGACGAAAACGACAACCGCCUGACUCUCGUUUCCGAGCCCGAAGCAGCGGCCCUGUUCUGCUCCAAGACGGGUCUGCUCAACCUCAAGGUUCACGACGCCGUCUUGAUUGUUGAUUGUGGUGGAGGUACCGUUGAUUUGAUUGCGUACGAAGUCGAAGAGGAGAAUCCCUUUACUGUCGCCGAGUGUACUGCCGGUUCUGGUGACUCGUGCGGUUCCACAGCCCUGAACCGCAACUUUAGCAACAUUUUGCGGACCAAGAUUCGAAAGAUGAAGCUGCCCGACGGAUCCAAGACGGCCGGCCGUGUCUACGCCAAGUGUAUCAUGGAUUUCGAGAACCGAAUCAAGGCAGAUUUCCGAAACAAUGGCCAGAAAUGGGCUGUUGAUGUCGGUAUUGAAGCUGAAUUCCCCGAGGCCGGCAUCGAGGAAGGUUACAUGACCUUUACCAACGAAGAAAUCCUGCAGUGCUUCGAGCCUGUCGUGAACAGAAUUUUGGAGCUGGUGCGAAACCAAAUCAUUGCCAUCCAGGCCCAGAACCGGACGCUCCAGAACAUCUUGGUUGUCGGUGGAUUUGGUGCUUCCGAGUACCUGUUCCAGCAGAUCAAGCUUCACGUGCCCCCUCAGUUCCAGUCCAAGGUGGUUCGACCCAUGGACUCGGUGGCUGCCAUUGUCAAGGGUGCCGUUACCGCUGGUAUUACGGAGCGAGUCAUUACUCACCGUAUUGCCCGACGCCACUACCUUAUGGCCACACUGCAGCCCUUUAAGGAGGGCUACCACCCCGAGGCCUACCGAGUGCCGUCACUUGAUGGCAAGGACCGAUGCAAGUUCACGAGACAAAUCUUUGUGCACAAGGGACAGAAAGUCAAGAACGGAGAGCCUUACAAGGUGUCCUUUUUCAGACAAGUUGCUCCUGGAGCUACCCUCAUGUACGAAGAUGUCUUGUACGCCUGUGACGAUGACGUCUGCCCAGAGUAUACAAAGGAUCCCCGCAUCAAGGAAGUUGUUACCCUUACAUCUGACCUGUCUCGCAAGAACCUCGAAAAGGAUUUCGAGCGAAUGGAUACGCCUCAAGGUACCUUUUACAGAGUGUACUUUGACAUUUACCUGACUCUGGACGGCUCCGAGUUCAGCGCAGAGCUUGUGUGCCAAGGCGAGGUUAUGGGCCGCUGCCGAGCCCGCUUCAGGUAA